AUGAGGAAAAGACGCGUCGCGGACCUUUUGGCCAACUACAUCCCCGAGGAUGAGGCACUGCUGCUGAGGAGCGGGAGGUACGCCUGCACGGUGUGCGCCCACCGCCCUGUCUUCGACACGCUGGACGUGCUGACGGUCCACAGGGCCGGCAAGAAGCACACGAGCAGCCUCCAGCGUUUCUAUGGCAGGAAACGCUCGCUCCAGGACACAGCCCCGAAGCGGCAGCACGAGCAGGAGGUGCAGGCAGAGGAGGCAGGAGAGCAGGGCUCCCCGGCCCCUCUCUUGGCCCGGACGAGGAGGAUCGCCCGGAGCGCUCUGCUGAAAGCUGCUCCCUACAGCAGCUGCUGCCGCAGGACGGGGGUGGAGGGAAGCAGCUCCCAGGCUGGUGUCACCCAGAUGGGGCCAAGCACCACCCCGGUGCUCCCGGAGCCCUCAAAAAAAGUCGGAGAAGCCGUGGAUGCCAGCCCUGCGGCCCUGCUGCCGGGACAGCGCGGUGGGCGAGCGGAUGCACCGAAGGCGGCUCCGGCCCGGACCCAGCGUGGUGGCAAAGGAAAAGCCUCAUCGUCAGCCCCGAGCCAGCCUGAAGCCCUCAGCCCCGAGAGGCGCCGGGCCCUGGAGCGGUACCUGCAGCUGCGGAGCUCUGGCUGGAUCCAGGACCGCUCCGGCAAGUGGGUGAAGGACGAGAACGCCGAAUUCGACUCCGAUGAGGACGAGCCGCCCGCGCUGCUGCCGGCCUGAGCCCCCCCUGUACCCCCACUGCCCCCCCUGGGGACAUCCCCCCGAGCCCCACUGUUAAUAGAGACACCCAGAGAGGACUGGGGUGUCUGAGCCAUUGGGACAUCCCCCGGGGAGGGGUGGUAUUGGGGGUCCAAGCGUUUUUCUGCUCAACCUGCUGCUUUUUGGGGGUGCCCCCUCCCUGCCCGGAGCCCUGCGAGCGCUGCCAACCUCCAAGUGGCUUCUGGCCCAUCCCCAUCCCGUCCCCUCCUGUCCCUGGCCCAAGUCACGCUCGUUUUCUUGCAGGCUGGCAGCUGCCCGCGGGUCGUGGCCUUUCGGGGUGGCGGUGCCGGGUUCCCCCCCCUCUUCCCCAGCUGUCCCGGUGCUUCGGGAGGCGCCCGGCCCUGCCGACCCCCCCACCUCGUCCCCCCUCCUUUUCCUGCCAACCUUUGGGUGCCUGCGGGGUCUCCCACGUUGUGGGGCACCCACGGGACUGUUGUUUACGAGGCUGCUCCUCGAGCUGGCAUCCCCACCCCCGGGACACCCCCUACCCAAGGGUCUCUCUGUGCCCCAGACCCGGAUCCUGCCCCGGGGGGGCUCCCUGGCAGCGCUGUUGCCCCCCAGCACCGGGAUUUACCCGCUCGCUCGGCUCCUGCCUAUAAAUAGAUGGUGGGAACUAUAAAUAGACCCUGUGUCCCCCCCAUCCGCCUCACCAGGCUGUGGGUGCCAGCCCCCACGAGCCCUGGGUGCCCACCUCGGUGCCAUGGGGGGGUUGCCCUGCCCCCCCCACCCCUCCUGGUGCCGUAACCCAAUCCCCCCGGGUAUAAAUCCCCCCCUGCUGCUCCCUGA